UCCAGUGUCAAACUUGACAUCAGCCCGCGAGCGGGGCCCGGCAAGUUCUGCAGCAUCGGAGCGCUCCCGCUCACAUCAGUGGCAUGCUUCGUGGAGACAUGCUCCUCUCACUGCCCUCUGCAGCAGCAGCAUGGAUUGUCACCUCUCCAUCCUCCUCCUGCUCAGCUGCUCUGCGCUCGGCUGCCUCGGGGAAGUGAGCCCGCAGCCCCCCAACGAAGUCAAUCUACUGGAUUCAAAAACAAUUCAAGGGGAGCUGGGCUGGAUCUCUUAUCCAUCGCAUGGGUGGGAAGAGAUCAGUGGUGUGGAUGAACAUUACACACCCAUCAGGACUUACCAGGUGUGCAAUGUCAUGGAUCAUAGUCAAAACAAUUGGCUGAGAACAAACUGGGUCCCCAGGAACUCAGCUCAGAAGAUUUAUGUGGAGCUCAAGUUCACUCUACGAGACUGCAAUAGCAUUCCAUUGGUUUUAGGAACUUGCAAGGAGACAUUCAACCUGUACUAUAUGGAGUCUGAUGAUGAUCAUGGGGUGAAAUUCCGGGAGCACCAGUUUACAAAGAUUGACACCAUUGCAGCUGAUGAAAGUUUCACUCAAAUGGAUCUUGGGGAUCGUAUUCUUAAACUCAACACUGAGAUUCGAGAAGUAGGUCCUGUCAACAAGAAGGGAUUUUAUUUGGCUUUUCAAGAUGUUGGUGCUUGUGUUGCCUUGGUGUCUGUGAGAGUAUACUUCAAAAAGUGCCCAUUUACAGUGAAGAAUCUGGCUAUGUUUCCAGACACGGUACCCAUGGACUCCCAGUCCCUGGUGGAGGUUAGAGGGUCUUGUGUCAACAAUUCUAAGGAGGAAGAUCCUCCAAGGAUGUACUGCAGUACAGAAGGCGAAUGGCUUGUACCCAUUGGCAAGUGUUCCUGCAAUGCUGGCUAUGAAGAAAGAGGUUUUAUGUGCCAAG